CUUUAUAAACAUGAUCAGUAGCUUUAUAGGAAGAAAGGAAAAUCUGUACUAGAACCAUAGUGGGAAUAACCUUUGUCUGGAUUAGGACAUAUAGCUCACGACGAUAUUAAUUUUUCUGAGAAAAUAGAUAAUUCAGACCACGUUGAAUAUAUUUAAAACUAUUUUGCGAUGAUUCAGCUGGUCUUGUGUUUUAUUAUAGGGGUAUGUUCCCUUUAUAAACUGGUGCAGUGGAGGAAUGAGAAAACAGGAAAGAAUAUACCUGGACCACACGGAUUGCCUUUAAUAGGAUGUGCAAACGAAGUUCGGGCUGAUAACAUUCACUUGAAACUCAUGGAAUAUGCUGAACAAUAUGGAGAAAUAUUUCAGCUUAAGAUGCUUGUCAAAAACUUUAUCGUCUUAAACAGCGAGAGUAUUUUACGACUUGCAUUUUCGGAUGAACAUUACAAACAAUACUUCAAUGAUAGGGCACAAAUGUUCUUUGGCCAUCAUUUUAGAUGCCGGAACCAGUCUAUUGGGAUGAUAAGUGACGGUGCUGGCAAAGGACAUAAAAUUGGAAGAAAAGAGUUUGCUAAAGCUAUUCAUGCCUAUGGAAGUGGUCUACAAAAACUGGAAGACAACGUGAUGACAGAGAUGGAACUGUUGGUCAAACGAAUAGAACGUAUGCCAGGAAAUGAGUUUCAGUGUUUAGAAUUGUUUCGCAGAUCACUUACAAACACAAUGUCUUUGGUACUGAAUGGUGAUGUCAUUGAUGACAACGAUCCUAACAUCGAAAUGAUGUGGCAACACGUGCAAGGUGCUGACUUCUUUCUAAAUUCGAAGGUUAAUCUUUUGAUGAAGGUUUUGCCUUUCUUGCGGUUUCUUCCCGGGAAACUCAGAGCCGAAUAUGAAAGUUGCAAAAAAGCGCAAGGACACAUUCUACAACGAUAUUUUUAUGAAACGAAGAAAAGCCAUGUUUCCGGUGUGAUAAGAGGGAUCGUUGACCACUACCUAGACGUUCAAAGCAAAGAAAUUGAAUCUGGAAAUGAAGUAUUUUUCACUGAUGAAAGAAUUAUCGCUCAGAUAAUAGAAACGAUUGAUGCAGGUACUGCUACCACAUGGUCUUUUCUGACGAAUUCUAUGCUUGUAUUGGUAAACCUUCCAGAAUAUCAGACCAAAAUACAGGAAGAACUUGAUCGUGUAAUUGGCAGGGAACGCCUCCCAAACUACACUGACAGAGGGAAGUGUACCUUCCUGAAAGCCUUCUGUAUGGAAGUACUCCGUUAUCUUACUGUAGCGCCUCUACUUCUUCCACAUUACUGCCGGAAAAAUCUCGUGUUUGAGGGAUAUAAUAUAAAGUCAAACAGCAUGGUUCUUGGCAACGUGUGGUACAUACAUCACGAUGAGAAAAUCUGGGGAGAUCCCUGGACAUUCCGACCAGAGAGGUUUCUGGACGAAGAUGGCAAAAUAUUACCAAACGAUCAUAAACUGAUCAGAAACUAUUUACCAUUUGGCCAUGGUCAACGACAGUGUCCAGGGUCUCAGUUCGCAAAGACACGAUAUUUCCUUUACUUAGCCACUCUGUUACAACGUUGGAAUUUCGAGAUCCCGAAUGGCAAAAAGAAGGGAUGUGACCCAAGAAAUCCAGAUGUCUUCGAUAUGAGACUAAUACUCAAAGCCAAGCCUUUUUCUGUACGUGCUAAGGAGAGGGUUUAGAGACAAACUUUGUGUGCGAGGGAGAGAGUAUAGAAACUAGUGCUGCUAUCUAUUUUAGACUGAAUAUUGUCAUUUUUUCUUUUUUGUAUUUAAAGCCACAUUAUGCAGCGUAAAUGGCCCAGGCAUACAUAACCAACCACGUACUUUAAUAUUAUUUAUACAUUUUAUUCAUCCAGAUAUAUACAGGUGCAUUUAUUAAAAGCAAAAUAUUCUUAAAAUGUAGAGAUGGUACCUACCCAAGAAAAUCUAAGGGGAACAACUCUGAAUUGACAAAAAAACUGAAGCCAGCAUAAAACUUUGGUCAAAAGUGAACGAAAAAUCAAAUAGGGCCUUUUACCAACAACUGAUCAGGCAGACACAAUAUGACCCACAUUUGUUAAAUCGCUUUGUAUUCAAUAUAUAAUAUGCACACUUUUCUCAUGGCUUACACUGACAGUUAUUUUAUAAGUUGUAAUGAGGCCCUGAUAGAAUGUUUAGUAGUGCAUGAAAAUAAAGUAAAAUAAUGCAUAAAUUCCAUUAAAGAAAUUUUACGACAUUAAGAAACGUUAUGAUGAAGUUUUGAUCUUUAUUGUUCUCGAUGACGAUACAUUGGUUUACACAAAAUUAUAUACUAAAAUAUAAAAUGUAUAUAUCCAACAAUGAAAAAUUACAAAAAAAAGUUUAAUUGGUAUCAAUGUUUGUGUAACAACGUAACUAGACUGGUUAUAUUCGUCAUCUCAAUGGAUCAUUUUGAAAGUGUUUCUUAUGCUUUAGUCAUUUUGAAGCCUUUCUCUUACUGUUCAAGUGUACUUUGCUACAAAUAAUGUAACACAAAAAGUAAUUGUCAUCAAAUCAAAUUACAACAUUUUAAGGUAGUGGUUGUAAGUACAGCGUUUAAAGGUAGCUCAUAUAGGUAAUGACUCUGCAAUGUAUUUUAAGCAAUUAAACAUUUUCUGGAUAGAACUCUCACGAUCAUUGCUUUCCAUGAAAAACGAAUAAAUGCUCAAAAAGCAUAUGGAAAUUACUUUAAUUGAUGAUUUUCGUUACUACCCUAAAAAACUAUAAGGUGCUUAUUUAUUGUUGUAAACAAGGUAAGCGGGUAACUUCAGACAUCAACAUUAAUUUACAACUUAAACUGUUAACGAAACCUGAGAAAAGAUUUUUUAUAGGGGGCUCUCAUUUACAAUGUAUCAACAAUUAUCACCUGAUGUGAGUGCAUUCAUGAAUGAAAAAUAUUGAUGGUAAAAUGGUGUAGGAGUUUGUUUACAUUAUAAAAUCUUUAAUAACUUCUUUCAGGUAAAUUUUUGGUAUGGGUUUGGUAAGCUAAUGAUAAAGAGCAUGUCAUCCUCUUUCACUCAGAUUUUUUUCAUUAGUUUUAGACUCUUGGCUAGUCGUGGAUUUUGACUUUAUUAAAAGGCAAUAGGAAGGUCAGUAUAGGCUCUUUCGAAGUAGACUAAACUUACACUAUACUCUAUUGAAUUUAUUUAGCUGUGGAGACUUUUGAUACAGACUAUAACUGGGGAAAUCCUGAAAUCAUUGAAAAAGAAAAAACAUUUUGAGAAAGUCAUUUUUUAAAUAUCAAAUAUUUCUAUUUUUACAUGGAAAGGAGGAAAACCAUAAAUAUAUUUAGUAAACUGGUGCACUAAGCUAUCAUUUCACUCUGAACAAAAUAUGUAAAGAUGUAUUUAAUUUUUUAGGUACCAUCUCUAUAAAAUAUACUUAUUAUUUACCUAUUAAAUAAAUAUAUUUAUUCACCUAUUAAACUAGUAAAACCGAAA